GACAAACACUAGUCCCUCUCUCGGAAAUGUUUUUAGUUGUUAAAUUUUGGGUUCAAAAUUUGAAUAGAAACACCAAUGCUCUGAACCAUAUCUUUCCCAAAUGACCUCACAGCACAGAUAGAUCUUUUGUGCAAGGUGUGUCGUUAACCGGCGUGCACAGCUCUCCAACCAACAGUCAAUUAGCGCCCUCUAUAGUAAAACAUGCUAUCUCGCAAGUAAGUGGCGGCGCUGUUAUGAUCGACCCUUGUGCGCGGGCCAUUGGGAAAACCCCUAUUGGUGAUUUGUAGCAGUCAUCAGCACUGGAUUUGAAGACUUGGGCUUUUGUGGGCGUGGCAGGGACCGUACUUCUCUAUCAGCUGAUUGCGGUGGUUUGGCAGCCAAAGAUGGAGGAAUCUUCUCAGCAGAGCUUGAUGGAGGCUGAGUCCCAACAAAUCCCAGUGGACUCUCAGCAAAUCCCAGCAGACUCCCAGCAAAUCCCAGCAGACUCUCAGCAAAUCCCAGCGGACUCUCAGCAAAUCCCAGCAGACUCUCAGCAAAUCCCAGCGGACUCUCAGCAAAUCCCAGCAGACUCUCAGCAAAUCCCAGCGGACUCUCAGCAAAUCUCAUCAGACUCCCAGAUGUCUGUGGAGCAAGAUUUCCCAGAGUCCCAGUCCCAAAUGGAGAUGUCCCAGCAAUCUCAGGCCGAGGAGUCCCAGCCUGAUCGCACUACCACUGUCCCCAAACUGCCAAAGCUUCACCGUGGCAGUGACGCCGACGCUGCCACCGACAGCUCAGCAUCAGCGGCAACGGCGAGAGCAGAGCAGCCCGAGGAACCAGACGAUGAUGUGCACCAGAACGGGGAGGGGAGAGGCCCAGGAGAUACAUGCACAAAAGAGGAGACGGAGAAGUUGGCGGAGAGUGAAGCACCCACAGAGGGGGACGAGAGGAAGAUUGAGGAGCAGUGGCAUGUGUUUCCAGACACCCUGGAAGGAUUCAAGUAUUUCUUCAAUGAUUAUGGUCAGUUGAGACACACAGACACAGGCGAACCCUUCGUGUUUGAAGUUAGGAAAGGAGACAUGCAGUACAAUCAAAGACACUACGAGGCCCUCGGGGAAGUCAUCACGGAGCACGUCUAUGGACUUCUGGAGUCGGAGGCAAACCUCAAGAGAGUUUAUCUUGGUGACGCCGAAAGCGAGCCCCGGGGGUUUGUGUUCAUGAGCGAGAAUGCCCGGACGACGACGGACAAACUGUUGAUUCUGAUUCACGGCAGCGGGGUGGUCAGAGCAGGCCAGUGGGCCAGGCGACUCAUCAUCAACGACUGCCUAGACAGCGGCACGCAGUUACCCUACAUCAGGCGGGCAAUGCAGAAAGGCUACGAGGUUUUGUUGAUGAACACUAACGAGAACUUUGCGACGCUCAGUGAUGGACGCAGAGUAUCGAUUAAGGGCAGCUCUAGUCCCAGGGAGCACGGCUUGAAUGUGUGGGACAGUUUUGUUGCCGAUACCCCGGCUAAGCAUGUCGCCAUAGUCGCCCACAGCUACGGAGGGGUUGUAACCAUCGAUUUAGCUGCUCACAGGACGGAGAGUUUCAGGAGGAAGGUUUUCGCUGUGGCGUUCACGGAUUCUGUCCACUCUCUUCACUAUGGCAUAGAUGAUGAUCUCUUCAACUGGUUUACCAAGAACACAGUCAAUUGGGUGUCGUCUCGUGAAGAAGUUGGGACUGUGAUUGACGAUAGAGGUUAUGACUGCCCGAGAGUAUCAGCAGGCACAUUGAGGCACGAGGAAACCUCCUGGUACAGCUACGACUCCAUCUUUGAAUUUCUGAGCAGCAAAGAGCAGGAGCUGAAGAAUUUUGUGGGAGAGAGCUCUGUUGCACGUGACGCAUCUGACGCAGCAGGCGAAGACGCCAGAAAAUCCGAGGACACUCCAGGAAGGGAGGACGGAGACAUUGAGGACACGCUGGGGUCCCAGGAGACUGAACCACAGCAAGCCCAGCAUCAGGAGAAUGGCGGGCAGGAGACGGAAAUUGGAGGACGCGAGACCGAGUUAUGAUGCGCUUGUCAGGACAUGAGACAGAGUUGGUUUGCAUGUGAGGGCACACAGUGGGUAAUGGGGACCUUGCCUGACAACUGUUUACAAGGAUUUGAACCAUUCUUGUGACACUGUCAGGUGGGCAGGAGACAUUCAGCGACAUUUAUGGGAAAUAAAAAAUGUUCCUGUGCCACGUUUUUCUUUUCUUCUUUACAACUUCCUUCUGACAUGAAUUUUAAUCACUGUGUGAUCAAAAUGAGGUUUUCCUAAAACUGGAAGGGGCCUGCCGAGACUGAUUUGCAAUCAGCACGUGGAGCAAGCAGGCUGCCUUUUUUUGCUGAAGAUUUUAAAUACAAGAAAUUGAUGGUGGUGGCUAUCUUAGAAAGAAUAUUGGAUGUGCACCACAUGUUCAGUGAUGGGGAAUAUAUUACUUGUAUCUUGCCUAAAGGAGAAGGGGACGCAUUUCAUGGGUGUCUGUUAUGACAGACUGGACAUGACAUAGUGCCUAUCAUCAAUUAUCUGAACUACAAGUAUUUAUAUAAAAAGCUGUAUGACGGCUAUAAGUAGAUGGAAGUUACUCGUACGCAAAUGCAUUAAAAAAUACCUACAAGUGGACAUGAUCGUUGAUGUUCGACAAACGUGGUGUCACAGUGAUACAGGCAGUUUUUUUGAAUUAGAGCUUGAAGUUAUGUGCCUAGAAUGUUGUAUUUCAGAGAGCAAGUCAUGCAGCCUCGUUGUUGCAUACACGUAUUUUGCACGUUAUAUUUCUAAUGAUGGCAUAAAAGCUGGUCCAGAAUUCAACGGCGAAGUGAAUUUGAUGUCCCAAAACGUUCCCAGGGAAAUGCAGUACAGUCACACUGUGGUCAACUUUCGCAUAUUGGCAGCGUGAAUGUUAUCAGACAGCACAAAAUCACAUUUGUGUUCAAUUCCAUGCCGAAGUGGCCUUUUAACUCAUUGGGUUUAUCGCUCUAAGCCCUCAAGUUGGAUGUGGUCACUCCAGGAUUUUUAUUAAACAAAAAGCCUAAAUGUCUUGAUGGACAAGCAAAUGAAAAAAACGUGAACAACUGGAAUUGCAAAUGUCAACCUUUGUUUUGUUUGCUAAUUCCAACGGUAAUUUCUGUGAAGAAGUAGAUAAUACUUAAGCACUGCUUGCCUCAUGUUGUUUAAUCACGCAUUUCACGCAAAAUGACUACAAGUUUAGUUGACAGCUAUGACCUCUUUGAACAUUUUUGAGCAUGGCUGCUCGUCUAUGUAACAGGUACUUGGAUCAUGUUACACCAUAGGGCAGACAUUUUGCUCGUCUUUAAAUGGUGUACGAUUAAAUCUAUUCAGACAGAUUUUUGUAAACAAAAUAGAAUAGUGCACAGGACUCCUCAGUAUCAGAUUAGUUGCAAGAAUGGUAGGAAAAAAUAAACGGUUGCUUCAAAAGUGGUUAAAUACUGAA